AUGGCGGACGAGAGUGCCAAAAGUAAAGAAGAGAUUUCGUCUCAAAAACCUACUUGUACUUUCUUUAAAAAGGCAAAUAGGAAUCGAAAUGUGCGGAAGAGAAAGGCUGAAAAGUCAGACAGUGAAGAUGAAGAUGUUACAACAGUGAUUAGAAAGGAAAAAAAGCCGCUUUCUAACCCAAUGUUCCAGAAGACUGAUGGGUUUGAUUCGAAGUCCAGACGUAAUCGUGAAGAGUUAGACGAUGACCUUGACGUUACGUUUAAAUCAACGCGUUCUGCAAUGCGAACAGGACCACAAGAUCUUGGAGCCACAGCAACUGUGGAGAUUGAUACAGAGUUUGAUCGAGACGCACAGGCUUUGUUUGAAAAGAGUUUGAAAACAAAUCAAGAACUGAAGGGUCAGGAGAAAGACGAUAAACAGUACAGGGGAUUGAACAACUACAUGACAUUCUAUGAAAAAAAGGGGAAUGCACAGGGAAAUGCUGCUAGUGGAAUGGUCAGACAAGGACCUAUCAGAGCACCAGCAAAUUUACGUGCAACCAUUCGUUGGGAUUAUCAGCCAGAUAUAUGCAAAGAUUACAAGGAAACUGGUUUUUGUGGAUUUGGUGACAGCUGCAAGUUUUUGCAUGAUCGCAGUGAUUACAAACAUGGCUGGCAACUUGAACGGGAAUGGAAAGAAGGAAAUUACAGCAAACAAGAUCCAAAUCAGUACGAAAUUGCAAGUGAUGAUGAUGAUGAUCUUCCAUUUGCCUGUUUUAUUUGUCGAGAAUCAUUCACAGCUCCAGUUGUCACCAAGUGUCAACACUACUUCUGUGAAGCAUGUGCUCUUAAACAUUACAAGAAAAGCAAAAGGUGUUAUGUGUGUGGUACGCAGACUAAUGGUGUGUUCAAUCCGGCCAAAGAACUUAUAAAGAAAUUGAAAACCAUGAGAGAUGAUGAAAAGGAAAAAGAACAAGAGGACAAUGACGAUUAGGGAUGAGAAGGGCAAUUAUUUGCACUUGUUCGUAAAAUAAAUUUUUUAAUGUUAUAAUUAAUAGGAAACAAUGGUUCACUAACUCUUUAACUCCUAACAGUGUACCACUUCUAAAUUAAACAUUAAGGUAAUGAGAAUAAAAGAAAUGUUUGUGGACUACAAGAACCUCUUGGUAUCAAAUUAAGUACCCUGGUCAAUAUCUCAGGAAAUAUAUGGAAAAUAUUAUAUAUAGAUAUUGGAGGGUGAAGGGUUAAUUUUAUUAGUGCAGGUGAUUUUGAUAAUGGCAUGCUAUUGCCAACCAUAGAUCUUCUCCCUUUUAGGAAUUACCCUUCUCUAAACAUUUAGUUUGGUAGCUCAGCGGUCGGUAGCUUUGGUAUGAGUUUGCUAUA